CUAUGCCGACUGGCGGACGCGGUCGCGGACGGUUCCCGGAAAAAAAACUGUUUAGCUUUGAUAAAAGAUUAUUUUCUAGGAGUAAAAAUGCCGAAAAAGCCACCGCAAAACGCAUACUACUUUUUCAUGCAAGAUUUUAGAGAAGAGCAGAGGAAGAAAGGCGUCAACUAUGGAAACCUACAAGAAGUCGCAAAAGCUGCGGACCCGUUUUGGAGGGAAGCACCUCCCCCCGUCCGAGCCAAGUUCGAAGCCAUUGCGAAGCAGGCCAAACAGAAGAACAACGUGCCCGAAAAGAAGUACACAUCCACAGGCAUUUCCUUGGCUGAGAUAGACCAGAUGCAGAUGGAGGCGCAGAAAGCGGAAGAAGAUGAAGUUAGUGACAUCAAGAGCUUCGUCAAGCUGAACUCUUUCAGCUCUAAUGAAGCUCUGAUCCACGCUGACAUUUUCCUGAUGGAUGUCAAUUUCUACUGUCAGGCCGGGACCGAAUUUAUCAUCGGAGAGAGCACUAUCCUCCGAUUCAACUUAAUAGAUGGCAUUAAGGACAAUUACCAUGAAAUCAUUAAUCCAGAUCGCAUUCCUCCCGGCUACAUCAGUGACAUCAAGAUCGGUUGUGAAGAUUAUGGACUAGAUAUGCCAGACAGUUCGGUCCGGCCCUCAAACUACCUUCAAAUCCUAGCGCACACUAUAGACUACCUGAAACAACAGCAUCGGGGUAGUCAGAGGAAGACCUUACCGCCUGUGUAUACUAUGCCGGAUAAGGUGGCGCCUGUGACCAACUUCAUACAGCAAAUGUGCAGCCGAGCUUCUGAAGACGACCGUCUCUUUCGCGUGUACAAGCUCGACACCCUCUUCUUCCACAUGAUAAACGCUCUCAAGUCCCAUCAGGACGAAGGCUUCCCCAAGCAGUCUCUGGCCCUCACGCAGCUGAAGAAAGACCAGUUCAAGUACAACCCCGGGCUUGGGUGCGAGUCUCACGAGGAAAAGGACAAGUCGGUGGAAUGCACGCUGUCCCGCACGCAGCGCUGGGCGUACACCAUCCUCGACAGCAUCUGCCCCGUGGCCGGCAUCGAGGCCCUGCCCGGCUGCCACGUGCCCCGAGAGUUCCAUGUCGAUAGCAUCCUCAACUUUAAGGAACAGAGGAAGGACCGCGUUGGGCCAUCCGUAGCUGGAAGCAGCGCGGCGAUGAUAUCAUUCAACAGCUCCUUGAGCGAAUCAUUCGGCGAGGCCACUCUAGUCAACAAAUCUGAUAGCAGCAUCCGCUCGAAGACGCAGCCGCCUAUGCGCAUGCCGAAAACAGAUUACUCGCAGGCGCUCCGGCCCGCCCCCGAGCUGACGGAGAGCGACCUGCUCACCGCCAGCUUCGCGCAGGCCACCAUCGCCGGCAGAGGACGCGGCCGUGGUCUUCCAACUAAGAAGAAGUAAUUUAACUAAAAUUACUAUACUACAAGAUUAUAGAACGAGACGGAUGUUAUAUUUUGUCUUUAUCACGUGAUAGGUGACAAUAAUAGGGGGAUAUUCAUAAAUUACGUCAUUUCAAAUUAGGGGGGGAUGGGUCUGGACAUCGGAUGACGGUAGCAUGACGUAGCAGGAAACGGGAUCAUUCGAAGCAUAAUUUUGGAUGAUUUUAGGGGGAGGGGGGGUCAAAAUCGUUGACGUAGUUUAUGGACAGCCCCUAGGUCCGCCGAUCUAUAUUACUUUAUCGUAGUCUAGUAUAAAGACUUGGACUUGAAGGGUAAUCAGCUCGGAGUAAUUAACAAUGGAGCCGCCAUUAACAGGCGUUCCCCUCUGUCGAAAAUAGGCGGCCAAUGGUCAACCACAUGUCAACCAUAUGUAUGGACUGACGUUUAUCUGACAUGACGUACCUAUACAUUUGAUGUGCCCCUCCCCCGCAAAAAACGGCAGACUAUUUUGUACCGAAAAUUUUAGACAUGGCGUCUCCGUUGGUAAUUACUCCGAGGUAAUCAGUACUAUAUCAGUAGGUUAAGAAAAAUUACACAUUUUAAAUGACCUAUAAUGAAUCUCUUGGUGUUAUAGAAUAAGUGACUAAGUGUAUUAAAUUUUCCCUAAGAGUUUAUGUUCAUUUGAUUUUUUGGACCUUCUAAUGCCUAUAGUAAUUAUGGGUACCUAUUAUUAAUUACUUCAAUGUACUUAAAACCAUAUUCGAUUGGGAAAAACAAUUCUUUUGUGUAUUUCGAUUUCAAAACAAAAGAAUCAAUCACAUUUCCUACAUUAUUGAUUUCAAAAUAAACCGUCUAUUUUUUGUACGAUGGGCCUAAUGAGGUUAAAUAUCAAUAUUGUCUUGGAGAUAGGACGUAUUUAAAAAAAACAUUAUAAAUAUAGGUUUUCUAUAAAGAAAGGACGCGAAGCACGAGGAAUUUCAUACAUUCACCCGCCUGUUCCUAUCGAUCUCUAUCGCACGCGCAUAAUUAUAUUGCUGUCCCGCUCGCACAGUGUCAUUGACCUCACGAGCGGAACAGCAAUAUAAUUACGCACGUGUGAUGGAUGGACGCGGACGGUGAGGUCGAUGUACGUCAUUCCUCGUGCUUGCGUAUGCGUAUCCGUUAUUUAGUACAAAAUGUACUACAUACGAGUAUUGUCUACAUAUUUAAAUUUGACUUGAAUUAAAUUGCCAAAUAACUAUAGUUUAUACCAUUUAUCAACAAAAAAGUACACUUAUAUAAAUAAUAUCCGUACACGGCGGGAAGAAGUUGAUAACUCUCGGGAAAAAAUGGAAGAAAUUUGAACCUUAUGCAGUUUGAGUUUAAGUUCAAAUUUCUUCAACAAAAUUCCUUGAGAUAUCAACUUCUUCCCCCCGUGUACCGAUAUAAGCUAAAUUUAUUGCAUUUAUGUACUAAGGAGCUUAUAGGAUAAGUCUAAGGAACCAUUGUCAUUUUGAACCAAACCAGUAAACCCUAUAAGGGUAUAAAAUUGAAAUUCAUAUUUUCAAAAUUAUAUGUCUGUAUAAGUACAGUAGAUAUAUUAUUGUAAGAAAUUGUUGUCAAUUUACGUCUAUAUCAAUAGAUUAAGAGUAGGUAAGUUUCAUGUUGUAAUGUGUAGUAAAAUGCUUAUAAAGUGUU